ACCACCCGAUCCCAAGACCGAAUGUCAGGCCCAGUACGUAGCCAACCCCGGCACUGGACGAAGGAAGGGCUUGAGUGCUCGUUGACGUGUGCAUGUCGUGUGUUAAAGUUUAGUGUGCGGUGAAUAUAAGAACGACGGAAUGUCUGCUUCUAAUGUACUCUCGACCCUCCGGCGCAGCGGCCCGUCGAUCGUCGACUGCUUCCGCAACGCCCGUCUCUACCGCCGGGAGACCGCGCAGGGGAUGGUGCCUCCUGCUGAGAUGGUGGUCCUGUUCACGUGGCUCGGCGCUAAGCAGAAGUACGCACACAAGUACGCCAACUGCUGGACUCGCCGGGGUUACGACGUACUCCACGUCACCUGCUCCGUCCGCGAUCUGCUUUUCCCCAGGAACGGGGCUGAGGUGACAGCAUCCAGAGUCGUGGACUUCCUAACGAGCUAUGACAGAAAGGUGAUCGUGCAUGGCUUGAGUGUGGGCGGCUACCUCACACAAAGGGUCCUCAUUGACGCCAAAGACUCGCCUAUUCACAUCUCCCAUCAGAUCUUCGAUAGUUUCACAAAUGCAGUGGGAAUUGAAAGAGGAGUUCAAAAUGCUGUCCACCCACGUUACCGUUCACUUGCAACAAAGUGUAUGAAAGUUUACACCAAAUAUGCCGAUCUGUCAAGUAUAUUGGAAGCACAAAAGUUUGUCACAACAACUCCUUGCCCAGCACCUGCCCUCUUUGUGCAUAGUAUGGCGGAUCAGGUUGCUGCAUACAAGGAAACAGAGGAAGUUAUCAAUGCACAGCGGAAGUUCGCUCCUGUGGAUACGUAUUUGAUUCCAGCCGAACAGAAGGUUCCUCACGUCACCAUUAUGAAGUACAUGGGCGAGAAAAACUACAUGGGUCUCAUAGAUAAUUUUGUUGAGCGGUACAGAGGAGCUGUGAUUUCAAGCCAAAAGGGUUUCAACCUUUUAACGAACGCAACAGCAGCUAUGCCCCAAGGACAACCCAAGCUGGUGCUGCCACAGUAGAGAUUGAAAUGUGUAAGAAGAUAAACUACAAGCGGGGACCAGAGAAUGUCAUAUUUUUCGAUCUUUCUUUUCAGCAUUUGUAUAUUACAGUUGCAUAAGGAUUUCUGCGACGCAAUGAGCUUUUUUUUUUUUUACAUUGGAAAAGAGUUAUAGAUUCAGUUUAUGUUUGAUUAUGAAUAAUCUGUUUAUUUUUCAGAUGUAACAUUAGCGUAAAAUCUCAGAAUGUUAUAUGUAAGAUAUGUUAAAUCAUCUGGAGCUUGUAUGAUUUUAUUUGAACAAGUAAUAUAUUUUUAAAUUAU